GUUGAUACAGCAGUGAUCCGGGUCAGUGGUAUCUCGUGCUGUUCCCGCCAUGACGUGGUUCAAAACAGUGUUAAUAUGCGGCAUAGUCGGGGCAUUGUUUGUGCAGGUGUAUUUCGAUGCCAAGGUACCCGAAGCAAUCAGCGAGAGAUGGACUGUUAAAAUAAUAGAUGCAUAUUUAAAGACUUUUGGACACAUGGUUUCGUUGAUGUCCUUAUUUGGGUAUGGGGAUCUAUUUUCUGAGAGCGCCCGGAAACUUGGAGACCAGUUUGCCUUGACCCAGAUGACAGGGUCGCCAUGGGGACUUGGGGAGGACCCAGAACUGAAGAUACACGACUCCCUGUAUGAUGGCGUCCCGGUGCGGGUGUACGAGCCCGUGGCGGAUCAAGCCGCCACCAGCAGGCCAGUGGUUGUCUACUUCCAUGGCGGCGGCUGGAGUCUCCUUUCUGUUGAUGCCUACGACCCUCUCACCCGGAAGUUGGCUAAGGACACUGGGUAUGUCGUCAUCUCCGUGGACUACCGCCUGGCUCCGCAACACCCGUACCCCGCCGCCUUUGACGACUGUGUGAAGGUGGUGGAAUAUAUCCUGAAGAACAGCCACGACCUUGGACUAAAUCCUGCACGUAUAGCCGUGGCAGGAGACAGCGCAGGUGGUAAUUUGGCUGCUGCAGUAUCCCUCCGCCUCAAAGAAAAGAUUCGUGUGCAGAUUCUACUUGUUCCUGCGCUUCAAGUCCUGAAUUUCAACACGACCGGCUUCAUUGAAAAUGCUCCGUAUAUGAGUAAGUCUAUUAACAGCCCAGAGAAUGUUGUAUUCUGGCUGAAUUAUGCCGGAAUUGAUUUGAAAUAUCUCCCUGAGUUUUUUUCCAAUAACCACACUUCUGUGGAACUGAAAAACUCAAAAUAUGCCGAGUACGCCAAUCCGGACAAACUAGUACCUAAAUAUUAUAUACGUACUCUAGCCUUGAGAGAUACAGAACUGAGGAAAGAUUUCGGUAACAGAGAAUUAUGGGAGAAAAUCAAACACCGUCUCCUUGAUCCAUACCUGGCGCCGUUGAUGGCAGGCGACGACAUGUUGAGACGAACUGCACAUGCGUACGUGAUGACAGCCGGAUAUGACAUCAUUAGGGACGACGGUAUUAUGUACGUUUCGCGACUGAAAGCCGUUGGUUCAAAAGCAAUGAUCAGGAACUUUCCGGAGGCUUUCCAUCACUGCAUGUGGUUCCAUAGUGGUCCGCUCCGGGUUAACGUGGGUACCAGGGUCGUGAGAGAUGUCACUAACUUCCUCAAGAACCAUUUGUAGCACCUCCCCAACUUGUUUAAAUAAAUGGCUUGACCGGA